AUGUCCGCCGAACCCCCAGCCACCAAUGGCGCUUCAUCGGAAGCUGCCACGAGCACCACCGAGCUGAACGGAGUGACUGAACUCCUGGCUUCCACCUCCAUUGACGACCUCCAGAGCGCAGGGUACCGUCAGAUCCUCGACGUGGUGGAUCGUCUGCGCACCUGCGGAUUGGGUUCCAUUCUCCCACUGCCACAGCUGGUGGUUUGCGGAAACCAGUCUUCGGGCAAAUCCUCCGUCCUCGAAGCGAUCACUGAGGUUCCAUUCCCGCGCAAAGAGAGUCUUUGCACCCGCUUCGCUACUGAGAUCAUUCUGCGCCGCGAUCAGUCCGAAUCUCUUCGAACCAAAAUCAUUCCCGAUGAGUCUAGGCCAGAAGCCGAGAAGAUGAACCUCAAGAACUUCAGCGAGACCAUUACCGACUUUCGUCAGCUGCCACGCCUCAUCGAUACAGCCACUGAGCUGAUGGGUCUCAACACGGACUCUCAUGAUGAGAACAGCACCAAGGCUUUCACGCGCGAUGUGCUGAGUGUCGAAAUUGCAGGUCCUGGCCGUCCUCAAUUGACGCUGGUCGACCUUCCAGGUCUUAUCGCAGCUCCGAACAAGAUGCAAACUGAUGCCGACGUCACGCUCAUCCAUUCUCUCGUCGAAGAUUACCUGAAGGAGAAGCGUACCAUCAUGCUUGCCGUCAUCUCUGCCAAAGAUGAUUUCGCCAAUCAAGGCAUCCUCAAGAAGUGCAAGGCAGUCGACAAGGACGGCCACCGCACCCUCGGCAUUGUCACCAAGCCAGACUAUCUGCGCGCCGGCUCUCCGAACGAGAACCUCUGGAUCGACCUCGCGCAGAACAAGAACAUCUACUUCGAGCUAGGGUGGCAUAUGCUGAAGAACAGAUCCGAUGAGGAGAUUGACUCGUCCUUCGAGGCUCGCAACAGCUCCGAGAAAGCCUUCUUCAACGCCGGCCAGUACCGCACUCUACCCGACCACGACAAAGGCGUCGACAGCCUCCGCGCUAAGCUCUCGAAGCUUCUCUUCCGUCAUCUCAAGAAAGAGUUGCCCAACCUUCAGGCCGAACUGAGCAGCAAGCAUAACAAGACUCUCGACGAUCUCCACGCGCUUGGCGAAGCUCGUUCCACCACGGCCGAGCAGAAGCGAUUCCUCAUGGGUAUCGCCACUUCUUACCAGUCCAUUGUCUCCUCUGCUGUGAAUGGCAACUACGAGCACUCCUUCUUCGGCAACAUCAACCCCAAUGAAGGCUUCGACCAUCCCGCCAAUUUCCGUCGCAUGCGCGCCGCCGUGCAGCAUCUCAACUUGAAAUUCGCCAGCCAGAUGCGUCAGUACGGUCACAAGUACCGCAUCUGGGCGAUCGACGGCAUGGCAGGUACCAAUUCCAAGCGUGAUCUCCCAGAGCCUGACCUCGAAGAGUACGGUGCGGUGAAGGACCUCCAAGUUGAGAUGACCCGCCCUGCGGCGGUUCAGUGGGUCAAGUGCAUCCUCGUACGCACUCGUGGCCGAGAACUUCCAGGCAACUUCAACCCGCUUCUCAUGUCGCAGCUCUUCUGGGAACAAUCGGAGAACUGGGAGCGCCUCGCCCUUGAGCACAUCGCCAAUGUCGACGCCUUGUGCGAUGCCUUCGUGCGCACUGCCAUCGAGCAUGUGACGCCCCCCGAAGUCGCCACUCGUCUUCAGGGUCGAAUCGGUGAAGCCACGAAGCAGCGCCUCACCGACGCCAUCGCAGAGUUGGGUCGCCUCAUCGCAGACAAGCAGCGCCCACCGAUCACCUACGAUCCCGCCUAUACUGCUUCCAUGCAGGAGUCUCGCUCGCAGAAGGCGACGGCGAAAUAUCAGGAAUUGCUGGAGUCAGCGCAAUACUAUGUUGGCGGCUCUGAAGGUGAAGGUGCACCAAAGCAGAUGAUGGUGAGCGCGGAGGUUCUGAAGAAGGAGCUGAAAGAGCUCAUUGAGCCGGACAUGGACAAGACGUCGGCGGAGGAUGCGUUGGACAGCCAGCUCGCCUACUACAAGGACGAAGUCAAAAUCUUCAUCGCCGCCGUGACCAAGCAAGUCAUCGAGCGUCAUCUCCUCCACCACCUCGCCGAAGCCACCCUCUCCCCACUCCUCAUCAACGACAUGUCCGAAGCCGAAGUCGCGUACCUCGCCGCCGAGGCCGAGGAGUCGGUGCACAUGCGGGAGUUCUUGCAGGGACACAAGGCGAUUCUGGAGAGUGGUCGGGAGGCUUUCCGUGGGGUGUUGGGCGGAUUUUAG